UCCCCACGUUUUUUGUCAUGAGACUUGAUACUGGCAGUGUAAUAGUUAUUAGUGAUAGUCCUGCUUUACGGUUGGCAUUACCAACAGAGAGUCAGUCAAUAAUUUUGGUUCGAAUUUUCAGCAACAAAUGGCCUAUAAACUCGUCGUAGAAUGUCCUAGUGCAGAUCUAAAGGAGGCUACUUUCUUUAAAAAGAUGAGCAGCGUGUGGUGGGACUCGAAGGGUCCGUAUCGUGGUCAGUAUCUUUACGAUUCAGCGGUAGUACCUUACAUGGUGGAAGAAAUUGCUAGCUCUGGGAUGCUCAACAAAAAAUAUGAUGGAAGUUCGAAACCGUUUACAGGACUGAAGAUUUUAGAGGUGGGGUGUGGAGGUGGAAUUGUGUGUGAAAUGUUGUCGAAAUAUGGUGGUGAUAUCACCGGGCUUGACAUAAACAGGUGUGUUUUGGAUGUUGCGAAAGAACACCUAAAUCGCGCCGAUCCAAAGAUUACGAAUAUAAACUACAUUUUGCAAUCUGCAGAAGAUCACUGUUUAAGUAAUGCUGAGAAAUACGACGUGGUCAUAUUAAACACUGUUAUUCAACACGUGGUUGAGAAAAACACACUACUGAAAAGUUGCGUGCGCUGCCUAAAACCAGGUGGUUCAAUACUCAUAAGUGGAUUUAGUCAAACAUGGAUGGCCUGGUUUGUGUUGAUAAUCUUAUCCGAAUGGUUGGGUUGUACACCUGUGGGUACUUCCGAUUGGAGUAAAUUGAUUACACUUGGAGGUCUUAAAAAUAUGAUGAAGCGGUAUAAGUGCAAAUUAGUCGCUUCCAAAGGCAUAUCUCAUAAUGUCUUCGCCGAUACUUGGACAAUAAGCAAAUGCCAGUCGAUGUGUUAUGCUGCGCGCUUCGUUAAACAAGAAUGAAAUAUUGAGUACCCUAUAAGUACUCCAUAGGCACCAUAGUUACAAUCAUUAAAAUGUUAUGCCCGUAGUCGCAAUUAACUAAUUAUUUUACAAGGGAUAGAAUUCCCUACCCCUAUUUUCAUACUGUCCAAAUCGGGUUAAAGACAAACCUAACAAAGAGAAUACCUCAGAGGGCUACAUGUGCAGAAAAAUAUGGUGUUCUCAUGCCAUCGUCGUUGGAAUUGCUGGACGCUACAAAAGAAAAUCACGCAAACACUUAAUUGAUAUACAUAAAUUUGAUGACGCCCCCCUCCCCCCCUCCACAUAUUAUAGCCUAUCAAGGUCCGUCAGAAGUAAAGAUAAAGUAGUUUUCUUAAAGUCGACGUCACGUUCAUGCGUUUAUACACCGAUUUGUACGGACAAUUCGUUGUCAAUAAAAAUUUUGCUUUU